AGAGCCGUAUGGCCUCAUGCAUACACAGCACCUCAUGUUCUUCUAUAUAAGAAAUGUUCUUCGUCUACACAAUGUCCACGCAGAAACACAUAUAGAUGUGUAUAUUAUUAUCAGAUGGUCUUCAGUAGGUUUCUUCAUAUUGCUUGCAGAAUGCCUGCAUAUUUUACUAAUUUUGUACCUAUACAGCAGCACCAUAAUACACAUACAAUCUUUCUUUCUUCAGCCCAGGAUGCUUAACUUGAACACUUUGCUACCGGACCACCUGUGAGAAAGCCUUUGUGAGAAAUAUCUGCCCACAAAGGACCCCUGCUUCUGCGAUUCUUGUAUAUAAGGAAAUUUGUUUAGGUGUGGGAUUAGAAGAGAUCUGCGAAGAUGGGAAUUCUGAAUCUAUUUCUUGCUGCUUCAAUGCCGGUGCUGAAGGUGCUUUUGGUAACUGCUGUUGGAUCAUUCCUUGCACUAGACCGUAUCAAAAUAUUGACAGAGGAUGCACGGAAGCAUUUAAACACUGUUGUAUUUUACGUUUGCACUCCGGCUCUUAUACUUGGAACCUUGGCGCAAACAAUAACAUAUGACAGCAUGGCUAAGUUGUGGUUCAUGCCCAUAAACGUCUUCAUUACAUUUAUAAUUGGUACUUUGCUUGGUUGGCUGGUUAACCUUGUCACUAGACCUCCACCUCAUCUUCGAGGACUUGUUAUAGGCUGUUGUGCUGCAGGAAAUCUGGGCAACAUUCUCAUCAUUAUAGUCCCAGCAGUUUGCAAAGAAAAAGGAAGCCCAUUUGGAGAUCCCGAUGUCUGUAGCACAUAUGGACUUGCUUAUACUUCACUCUCCAUGGCGAUGGGAGCUAUCUUUCUGUGGGGUUAUGUUUAUAAUGUAAUACGAUUAUCUAUAGAAGUAAGUGCUUCCUCUGUUAGUGAGUGCACUACUAUAACAGGCACUGCAGAACCGGAGAGUUUCACUGAACCAUUACUUUCUCCAAAAGAAUACAACGUGUCUGAAGACAAAGCAGAUUCAUUACCCUGCACUAGGUUUGAUGGAACACAGGUGGGAGUUGCAGAUAAACUAAAGCAAAAUGUCAUGAACAUCUCAAGAAAUCUCAAUUUGAAGAAGUUAUUUUCCCCUUCAACGAAUGCAGCAAUCUUGGGCUUCAUAAUAGGACUUGUGCCUCUGCUUAAAAAUUUAUUGAUUGGUGAUGAAGCGCCUCUCCAUGUGAUUGAAGACUCAAUUGUCUGGAUUGGAGAUGCAGCUGUGCCAGUUCUCACUCUAAUAAUUGGCGCAAACCUCCUGAAAGGUUUGCAAGCAUCAGGAAUCCAGAAAUCCAUGAUUGUUGGCAUUAUAAUUGCUCGAUACAUUGCCUUGCCAAUAAUAGGCACUUUGAUCGUUCGCACUGCAGUCAGGUUUAAUCUGGUGUCAGCAGAUCCUCUGUACCAGUUUGUUCUUUUACUUCAGUUCGCGGUCCCUCCUGCUAUGAAUAUAGGUACAAUAACACAGUUGUUUGGUAAAGGUGAAAGCGAAUGUUCUGUUAUAAUGCUAUGGACCUAUGUUUUUGCUACUGUAUCGCUUACUCUUUGGUGUACCUUCUUCAUGUGGUUGGUCGCUUGAUUCCGCUAUUUCUACCACAUGAAAGGAUUACAGAUUCGAAGGUGUGAAAAUAAAGAACUGCUACAAGACUACAGGAAAAGAAUGUGUUGCACCCUUCAACAUGUAUUUUUGAAAUAUAGCAUAUUGAACUGAAAAUAUAGCUUCAAUACAUAGUUUCUUCCUGGUUUUUCA